AUGGUUUAUAAAGAACUCAUUGAUAUGGAAAAUGUAAAGGGUGACAUGAUGAGUCAAGUCAAGGAAUCAAACGAAGAAGAUGCAGCAGAAUCUCCAACUGAUACAGAAGAACCUGGUUCCUCUAUCAUAACAACUGAAGCAGAUAAUAUAGUUGUUAAUGCCGUGCAAGGAACUCCUGAUGCUGAGCUAAGAAGCGGUACUCACUCCUCAAUUGAUGCAAACAAUAAAUCCCAUUCAGAGAAACUUUUGUCUUCUCACAAUGAGAUUCAGCCCAAGAAUAUCAAGGAGGCAUUGAAAGAUGCUGACUGGAUUACUGCUAUACAAGAUGAACUCUAUCAAUUUGAGAGGAACCGCGUAUGGCACCUAGUUCCUCGACCCUCAGAUAGAACUGUUAUAGGAACCGGGUGGGUGUUCAAAAACAAACUUGAUGAGUUUGGGAAUACAACAAGGAACAAAGCCAGGUUGUCUAAAUUCCUUCUUGAAAAUGGCUUUACAAGAGGAAAAAUCGACAACACCCUAUUUCUGAAGAAACGGGGGAGGAACUUACUUAUUGUGCAAGUUUAUGUUGACGACAUCAUCUUUGGUGAAACAAAUGAUUCCUUUUGUGAGGAGUUUGCCAAGCUUAUGUGA